AUGGCGGUUCGCUGGUUGCCUGAUACACAAAAUUCCUUCGAAACUGUGGAAGCAACAUUGGUACGAGCAAGGCAACAGUUACGCAUCUGUGAUGUUCAGUCUUCGCAGAAUUGGAUCACCAAAUUAGAAACGUUGGAGGAGUCAUUUAGUUUGCUAAACGCACGAGUAAUUCAGGCUUACCCUGAAAGACAAAGACUGCACAAACUAGUUGGUAAUUUAUUGCAAGUGAUAUCAUUCCUAAAGAUUCAGCUUGGCAUUACGGCACUACGUGUUUCCGAUCAGGAUGCUCUAGACCAGCAAAAACGUCCAAAUGAAUCACCUUGUUCGACAUAUUGGAGAGGUGGUCGGCCUCGAUGUGGAAGCGCGUUGGAGGAGCAUCAGCUCCGCUUCUUCCGAGAUAAUCUCGGUCUUAGAUGGGCUGACAUUGCUCGAUGUUUAGGUGCUUCCGACGAAAAUCUCUUUCCCUACAGCAGAAUG